UUCCUUAAGUCAGAUGCUGGACUGCCAGUAAUUAGACAAGAGAAGUUUGUUUUGGCAUUUGGUUACAAGUUAUGUACAGAGGACAUUCUAAUAUACGCACAAUGAGGAAGUAAAAAUCAUGAAGAAAAACAGAAAUCUGCUACUGCUCUUUUGAAUAUGUUCAUUUCCUUGGAGGCAUUAACAUCGUUCAGACAGUCUACAAAUGCCAUAAAAUAUGAAUUCCUCAGACACAGAGAUAUGCCCUGACUGUGGGCAGUGUGCUAUUGGCAAUGCUCAUUUACUAUUCCAUGACCUAUAUUGCUAUGACACUUACAUAGUGUCUCCACCAUCACCACAGAAUCCAAAGCAAAGGGAUAAAGAUGAGUAUAUGGCUGAGAAAAUUGUCAAACCUCUUGAAUCAAAUGGAUUUAAAUGUUACUUUGGUUCCAGAGACACGUAUGGUGGUGACCAUGUUAUACUAGCCCUAAGUAAACCAAUUACUAUAGUGCCAACAACUAUAGUACCAGUUUAUAAGGACAGACAUUUUUCUGCAUUUCGGAACCUACUCCUCAGAGUGGAUUAUUUGGAUAGGAUUGUGUUUCUGACGUUUGAUUCAACGCCAAUUCAACCUCCAGCUGUUGCUAAGAACAGCUACUCGAUUUCAGUCAACGACCCCUACCUGCUACCAAAGCUGAUUAAAACAAUUACAAGAAAGACACAGCAGAUACCAAUUCAUGUCAGGAAAAGGAAAUUUGAACUGAGUGAUCCAGAAUCAACUGUAUCAUUAACGUCAUAUGAGUUUUACAGAAACAUUCCAUUUCGGAGAUCAGAUACCUCUAGGAUGUCUUUCCGAAUAAAACCUUUAACUGUCUCUGAAGAUGGGAAUUUGUUACCUCAAAGCACCAAUAUCACUGUAUCACCUCAUGACCUCCUCAGUUUUUGCCACAGCUCCAAUGUAAUCACGAGGCAUGGUGCUGCAAAAAACUUAGCAAGAACAAUCCGAGAGGACAUUGCAAACUUUUCAAAGAAUGGCAAUUUGGAGGAAUUUGAAAAUCAAAUUAGGCAUCUCAGGCAAAAACAGAAUACAAUGGAACUUGAAAAAUUAUACUUCUGGAUUUCAGCUGCUAUAUUUUACAGAAUUUACAAAUAUCGUGACGGUAACUUGAAGAUGUACAUGAAAAUGUUGACAUUAUCCAAGUGCAAAGCCAGCAAAAAUAGAUUUGAGGAGCUUUGCCAAGAAACCUACCACACACUUACUGCUUCUUUGCAUGCUAAAAUGAAGAUAUGGCCAAAUAAACUGGAUAACAACGAUCAGUAUGUCAAGAAACUUGAUAACUGCCUUUCAAUGAUAGAUCCUACAUUUUUCGAAAAGGUGGCAACACCACCAGUUGCUCUCACCAAAAUUCUGAGUAAUCUGCCAUCGGAUAUUAAGCACAUCUUUAUAGUCGCCAUUUGCGAAAAGCUCUUUCAAAAGAAAUACACAGACUCAAGUGUGUUCAUUUUCUCUCAAAUUUGUAACUUCAUUGGGAAAAAGCACUGGACAAUGUUUAUCGAUGUUAUCGAAAAAGUGACAGAGUAUAUGCUUGGCACCUACACAAAAGAGCCACUGUUGGCCUGCUUGCAAAUUCUUAAGAACAUUGUUGCGUGGAAGUCAAGAAGACGAAGAAGAAAAGAUGACAAACUUAACUUUGUUGUGAAACAAAUUAUUAGCAAACUUGUUUAUCACCCUGUAGACACAGUCAGAAAUGAUGUUGUGUCCUUAGUAUUUGGAGAAGUUUCCAAUCCUGUAGACAUUUCUCAACUGGGCAACUGCUAUAUCAAAGUGAGUGAAGACUUAGUAGAGAGCUGCAUUCGGGAACACCUACUCUACAGUCUUCCUGCCUUAACAGUUCAUGACCAAGUGCCCAUUGACUCUCCCCAUAUUGUAAUGUUUGAAGCUAAGACACCAGAGGGUGAUUCUCUGCUAUACGCAUUUAGGCAAAGAACAUUAAAUGAUAUUCUAAAUACAAACUCCACAGAUGCAGCUUACCAAAGUUUCCAGGAAAUGUUAAGAGCAAUCAAAAUAUGUCAAGGCCAAGACAACAUUGUAACACUGAGGAAUGCCCCAUCAAAUGGUGUCUUGCCAUUUUGUGUAGUUGAACAUGGUAAAUCUUUGUUGUCAUUCUUGCAUGAAAAAGAAAAUCAGCUCAGCUGGAUACAAAUGAUAGAUAUACUUAUCGACAUUACCAAGGCCAUUCAUCACUGCCAUAAAAACAAUGUAAUCCUUCGAGAGAUCACCCCAGCUAGCUUUGUAAUUCUCCCCGAUGGAAAUGGAUCUUUGCAGACCAAGUUGGCAAGCUUCCGAUAUGCAAAAUGCCUUUUUAAUGAAGAACCCAACAGUGAAGUAGUGGAGUACAUUGAUGACAUGAAUUUCCUUUGUGUCCAAGGUGAUAGAACAGAGGUUAUUGCUGCUUAUUUUAGCCCUCCUGAGACUCUGCGUGACAAAACAUUUUCCAAGUACUCAGAAGCAUGGAUGCUUGCUGCAACAUUUUUAUCCAUCCUUUUAUAUGGAAAGAGCCCUUUCCAAGAGCUGGCUCAUCUUAGCGUGAUCCAAUUUGUCAAAGAGAUAAUUGCCGGACACAAUGCCAGCAUCCCAAGCUUUCUCCUCAAGGAUCUGUCAGAAAUUUUAAGCACCAAUCUAAAUGUUACAGUAAAGGAGCGCAUGAUGACUGAAACAAUACUGAACAAACUUGAAACGUGCAAGAGUAAGCUUGGAACAAGACAGGACACCGUCCCUGCAGAGAAAACAGUGUGCUGUUAUAUCAAUUCAGAAGAUGUACUAAGGGGUUAUAUAGAUGAAGAAAAAUUUGUGAAAGAGCAAAAUGAAGAUCCGAAGGAAAAAAUUUACAAGGAUAAUAUAAAACUGGUAAAUAACCAACUUAUUGAGACAGUCACAGUGAAAAUGAGCCUGAAUACCAGGAGAAUACUACAGCAACUAAACCAUGAAAACAUUCUAACUGUGAAUGAAAUAAAGAGUGAGCGCUACAAGACCAUUCUGAUUUCAAAACUAUGUGAUGGAUAUAUGUGCCAAUUGAGUAAAGUCAGUUCUGAUACUGGGAUAGACCAGCUGUUUUCCUACCUUGAGCAGAUCACUUUGGCUUUGUUCGAAUUACACAACCACAAUAUUGUGCACUGUGAUUUAAGAUGUGAUCACAUAUACAUAAAUCAAGAAAAGGGUACUGUGAAGGUCAGCCGUUUUGCAAGAGCCAUGUCUCUGGAAGGUAGACAAACCCAUGCUUUUAAAAUGAUGCCGCAUGGUGCUGAAAAAUGGUCAGCACCUGAAGUGAGAGCUAAUCAAAUGUAUUCAAAAGCCUCUGACAUUUUCAGCUUGGCAGUUGUGUUUUGGGAAGCAAUAAGCAAACAGAACAAUGAAAUAUAUGCAAAUCACCCACUGGAGCCAUUCCAUCAAUGCAAAGUAUACAUGGAAGAGUACGCAGAAGUCAAUAUUCAUGAUCAUUGGAAUGAUAGCAUUACCAAAAUGUUAAAAUGCAUGCAGAAAUGUUGGCAUCUCAAUCCGACAAAAAGACCUACACUGAAUGCGAUCCUGGAAGUGAUUCAAAAAAUUAGGGGAAAGAAUGAACAAAAUAGGUCAAGUACUGAAGAACAUGAACUAGAAGAAGAAUAUGGAAUAGAAGAGACUACAUUAGAAGUUGUCUAUGACACUGUUAUUGAAAAUGCAGUUUCUGAUUUCCCAAUUCACUAUUUUUGGAGUAAAAUUGUUAACCAGUUUAAAACUUCUCAUGGCAUUGAAAGUAAUACUACUGCAUUUAUUGAGUCCAAAGAAACUUGCAGUUAUGAUGAUGUUGGUCUUCCAACCACCAAGGCGAUAAGAAGAGCUACUCCAAUCAAUCUUCUGUAAAUACCUUUUAAUUUACAGUCAAUUAACAGUAAAGGAAAUAAAUGCAACUAUGAUUGAUAAUGUCUCUAAUUCAGGUAUAAGGGAUCAUCCUAUAGAAUAAUAAAGUCUAAAUGCCACUUCUGUUCUCCUCUUGGGAGAUUCUUUCUCCAGUGAUGAACUCCAAUAAAUAAUUUUAACAGAUAGCUAAACAACUUCAGCAACCUACUCAGUGCCGGGACAAGCUCAUUCGAUGCCCAGGGCGAAGAUGGCAAACCUCGCCCCUCUGGGUGUAAAGAGUCCGUGUCAGUGGGAAUCAACUAUGUUUCCUGUGUGCGCUGCUUUUGACUGCAGAUCGGUUUGUUCUUUUUCCUUCGCAGGUAAAAGAGAAAAAGUAAACAUUCCCUCUUUAAAGAGCCCUGUUUUGAUUAUCAGCACAGGGCUCAGUGGAACAUGUCGCUUACCACCAUUACCUACUUCCAGAUGCCACGUGUCAUUAGCCACCUAUACCCGCUGCCAGAUGCCACGUGACAUUUACCACCGUCACCUGCUGCUAGAUGCAACGUAUCACUUACCACCUUCACCUGCUGCCAGAUACCACGUGUCACUUGCCACCGUCACCUGCUGCUAGAUGCCACGAAGAUCUCGCAGCUGCUCUCACUACACAGAGACACAGCCACUCUUCCUGCUGCUGACCAAAGGAGGGGGGGAAAUUGGCAGCAAAGAGAGCCCUCUCCUGUACAGCGGUAGCUCAAGGUAGGGAGGAAGGGGGCAGAAUAGUUUCUUCUCCUCGCACCCACUCGCUGCUCCUAUCAUUUGCCAGCAGGAAGAGCACGCGGGAGGGGGGUCAGUGACAACUGGGCUUUGGCGCUCCUCUGCACUUGCUUGUGGCACCCGCCUAGGAUCGACCAUGAUUAUAGCUAUUAGUGGCGCCGUGGCUAAUGUGUACAGUCACACACACACUGAGAGGGCCCCCUGCAUGGCAACCUCAGCGACCCCUAUACUUCAGCCACUGGUUAUGUUACAGGCAUUUUAAACCUUUGUGCAUUUUAGUUUGUAUAUUUUUAUCUACUGUGUAUAUAUACUGUAUAUAUAGUGUUACAUUUUGUCUUAAAUAUUUGUAUCUGUGAAUAAAUGUUCUGUAUAAGCA